UGGUGAAGUCGCAGUCUCCUUCCAUAGCUUGUGCUCGAAGCAACUGACCAACCGACGCCAUGAACGCAUUGGUUUGCACCACCAUCCUCAGCGCCCUGGUAGGCAGCGCUCUUAGCGGAUUUGUCAGCGGUGGCGGCGCUGGAGGUCUCGGAGGUGGCGCCGCCCUUGGUGGUGGCGGCUAUGGAGGCUACGGUAGCUACGGUGGAGGACUCGGCGCUGGUGGUCUCGGAGGCUACGGCGGAGGCUUGGGCGUCGGAGGUGGUCUCGGAGGUGGUGGCGGAGCUGUUGGUGUCGGUAGCAGCGUCGUCCUGCUGAACGGUGGCCGAGCGGGAGCCAGCAAAGCCGUCGCCGGACCAGCCUUCCUGGUGCGCACCGUGCAUCACGUCUCCCAAGUCCACGGCGGCGGAGCCAUCGUAGCCCACUCGGGUCUCGGAGGCGUCGGUGGAGGCGCUGGUGCAGGAUUGGGAGCUGGUGGCCUCGGAGGCGGUUACGGAGGCCUCGGUGGAGGUUACGGAGGAGGCCUCGGAGGAGGUCUCGGCGGUGGUUACGGAGGAGGCCUCGCCGGAGGUUACGGAGGAAGCCUCGGCGGAGGCUACGGCGGAGGAUAUGGCGGCGGAGCUGGCGGUGGAGUCGUCGGCAAGCUUCUGCUCGUCAAGCACCACAAAUAAGCGUUCACAUGCCCACCUCAUGUUCUUUCCUCACAAGCAGAGUGAAGAGGCGUCCAGCUCAACCUGUGCAGCACCGAACUUCAUGCCAGAGUGACUUGCGUCUGUGAUCUAAGUCGAAGAAACCAUAAUAUGUAUUACCGAUGGAUGUAAAUACACAUCAACUCGGAUGUUGCUUCCCGUUACCAAA